UCGAGGGCCCCGCGGACCGAUUGCGGGACGGGCUCAGGCUGUCGCUCGAGAUCAUCGAGCGGACGGCCGCUGCAGAGGCCCUCGAUGAGCUCGUGAAGGCCGAUCAGUACGACGAGUGGGCGUCGUGGAUCGAUGGAGUACGCUUCCUCGCUCGCGGACACGCGAUGGGAGCGCAUGGAGCAGCCGCCCGCCGAGGCCGGGGCCGAGCCGGAGGUCGACGAGGCGUGGUUUCGCGCGCGCCUUGGCGCCGGCGUCGCGGAGGUCCCGUUGGGUGCCAGCGCCGGCGGCGCAUCUGACCCGCGGGGCGCGCCUCGAGCGCUCGAUUUCGGGACGCAGCUCGCGCGCUGGGUCCAGGGCGCUGGCCCACAGCCAGUCGUAGACGUGGCCGCGCCGCUCCACUUGCAGACCGUGCCGCUCGCGGCCAGCCGGCGAACCGCCGGCCCGCUCGCCCCCUGACCGCCAGGGAGAGGGACGAGUUUCGCUCGCACGUUGCCACUGCGCACCGCGCGUGCACUUGUCUGCUGGAAAAUAUGGCAAUCCUCCUCGUCCUACCGACGGGGCCACGACGCGCGUGGCGAGCGAGGGGCGCGCAGUUUCACCCGUUUUUCCUUCCUCCUCCCCCGCCUCCUCCUGCAAAUCCUCCGCGGGGUCAGCACUGGGCUCGCCCGUGAUCCCCCUCCUCCUUUUCCCCCUCCUAUAUACAUUCCGAUCGUUUUCGGUUUUUCGCCG